UGCUCGCUCUCUCCUCCUCCCCCUCCGCUUCCUCCCGGGAUCCAAGAUGGAGUCGCUGAGUAAAGCGGGACAGGAGAUGAGCCUGGCGGCCUUAAAGCGGCACGAUCCCUACAUCACCAGCAUCGCCGACGUGACCGGCCAGGUCGCGCUCUACAGCUUCAGCCCCAAAGCCAACGAGUGGGAGAAGACUGACAUAGAAGGUACCUUAUUUGUGUACAGAAGGUCAGCUUCUCCCUACUAUGGUUUUACGAUUGUGAAUCGACUGAAUAUGCACAACCUAGUUGAGCCAGUAAAUAAAGACUUGGAAUUUCAACUGCAUGAACCUUUUCUUCUUUACAGAAAUGCUAGCUUGUCUAUUUACAGUAUCUGGUUUUAUGACAAGAAUGACUGUCAUCGAAUAGCAAAACUCAUGGCAAAAGUGGUACAACAAGAAGCUCAAAGAUCUCAGCAAGUUUCACAUGACAGAAAGAGUCCCAGCAGAACUAAUGGUUGCAGUGAAAACAAACCCAUUGAUAUCCUGGAAAUGCUUAGCAAAGCCAAGGAUGAAUAUGAACGAACUCAGAUCAGUGACUUAAGUAUUAUAUCAAGUUCUGGAAUGCAGCAAAAUGAGAAUCCCACGAAGACAGAAAGCAUGGAGACUUCAGAACAAACAUCUUCAGCAUUACAAAUGCAAGACCAGCCAUUCCAGUCAACGCACAAACAUCUGACAGUGGAAGAAUUAUUUGGAACCUCCUUGCCAAAGGAACAACAAUCACCAGUUUCAUAUCCCAAUCCAGACAGAAUGGAGAAGUUGCAAGCUGACACUACAGGCAGAGAGCACAACUUAUUCUUGCCUUUCUCACUUGAGCAAUCGGCAGUGACACACCAACCAUUGGGGAAACCAGAGAGUACAAGUGUCAAAAACAAUGGCAGUACCUUGAAUCAGCAAGAGCGUGUAACACCCAUGCUGAUUGCUCCAGCUUCAAUUUUGCAGCCUGACGUAAAGAAUGUUUCAAACUAUACAGUUCAGUUAAGCCCUAUUCUUAGUUCAGCCUCAACAACAGAAGCUGCUCCUGCUCAGAUACUUCCCAGCCUAAACCCAAACAGUAAUAUAAUGCAAGUUAUGCAUCAAGCUGCUAAACAGAUGUCCCCACUUAUGAAUCAGACACCAUCUGAUGUGAAUCACAUGCCACAAAAUCUAAUUGCUGGCCAAAACCAGUUCAUAGCACCUUUGGCAGCAACUAAUACAGGAAAUGCUUCAAAUACACCCCUUCCAAAUGUUGACCUUCUCCAGAAACUCAGGUUGACCCCACAGCAGGACCAAAUACAACAGUCUCUUAGUAAAACUACCAUGGCACCUAGCAUUUCAUCCACAGUUAGCCAGCUUGCAACACCAGAAAGCUUCAAAGAAUCCCACACCAAACCAGCAUCACUGAGUAGCAAAAUAAUCACGCCACUUCAGACCAUACAGCAAAACAAGGAGCCAGAUGUAUUUUCACAACCCAAGGCUUUGCCAAAAGCCAGCCAAGUCGCACCUCCACAGUUUGUUACAGCCACAACUACAAUGACUCCUUCAAUCCUCUUGUCUCCUAGUGUUUUCCAGCAGUCAGCUACAAAAUCCACUGAAAUGGAGAAUAAAGCCAGCUCCUCUUCUCCUCUAACACUUGGAGCAACAGAAAUUCAGACAAUGCCUCCUACUGUUCUCAGUAGGUCUCAGCUCCAGGAAACCUUAAUACAUCUAAUAAAGGGGCAUGAGCUCACCUUGAAAUGGAAACUGCAAGCAUUCUGAUUAAAGAAUUAGAAAGUUUUAAUGAGUGUGCUUUAAUGCUUUGAUUAACAUUUCUGCUGCAAUUCUGUUUUGUAACUUCUACUGCAAUGUUCCUCAGGCCAGAUCUACACUUAGAAUGCUGUAGCAGCUCAGCUGCACUGAUGCAAUUGCAGCACUGUCGCACUUCAGUGAAGACGCUGCUAUGCCAACGGGAGAGCUUCUCCUGUCGGCAUAGUUAAUCCAUCUCCACAAGAAGUGGUAGCUGUGUCGACGGGAGAAGUCCUCCCGUCAAGAUAGCACUGUCUAUGUUGGGGGCAAGAUCAGUAUAACUACAUUGCUCAGGGAUGUAGAUUUUUCCCGCUCCUUGGUGUUGGAGUUAUACCAAUAUAAUGCAGACCUCAGUAAAUCACAACCGAGCUAUUACUCCUAUAGAGCCAUAUAGCAAGAGAAUUAUUUAGCCUCUUUUUGCAGGACCUGCAGCUGUAAAACAAAAAAAAAAAACACUUGCUGACGCAGGAAAAACUUGCAAAUUGAGCCAGUUUAUUAUUAUUUUAUUGUCGGAGGCAAAUUACAGGCAGAAAUCUGUGCAAUCUUGAGGGCGCUAUUUGUGCUGUUCCAGUUCCAAAGGGAGCAGUACUUUUUAUGUGCACUCUGUAUAGGCCGUAUUUAGACAGGAACCUGAAUGCUGAUCAAAACUGUCCUCCCCAGAAGUGGGGGAUUAUUAUAAAUAGUGACUGCAGUAGAAUACAAAAGUCUGAAGUGCAAAUAAUGCUGAAGGAGAAGAAUAUUCAUCUUCAUGUUGAUUGAUUAGGUGUCUGUUGUAGGCUUUACCAGUGUAUCUCAUUUGAAUGGUUAGAACCCAAGAAAACUAGAAUAGCUUUAAAUAUUGCAUAUAAGUUAGCAUGCUGAGUUUCCUGGUAAUAUACUGAUCUAGGAUUUUAGACCCAGAAACACACUGUGCAUUGGUUUCCAAAUUAGUCUUAGAUUAGAAGUGUAAGUAAUUGCAGAAAGUCUUUUCAUAUAAUUGGUGGCACUGCUUGGAGAUGGAUUUGGGAGUCAGUACUGUUCAGAAAUGCACAAAAAGCAAAUUCACUGCACCCCUGCGACGCUCGGGUAAUGGGACUUGAUGUGGUUGAAGUGAGCAGGAGUUCUGGGGACAGUGAAACUAAUACCUUCCAACUCGGGGCCAGGACUGCUGUGCACAUUCUUUUCCACCCACUUAAAACUACUAGUACAUUGCAGGGGCUGGAAUAAUGGUGGCUGUUGUCCCACAGUGCUACUUGUGCUGGAUGUUAGGACCGCUUGAAACAGGGGCAGGCAAACUUUUUGGCCUGAGGGCCACAUCAGGUUUCCAAAAUUGUAUGGCGGGCCGGUUAGGGGAGGCUGUGUCUCCCCAAACAGCCAGGAGUGGCCCAGCCCCCACCUCCUAUCCGAACCCCCACCCCCACCCCACUUCUCGCACCCGGAUGGCUCCCCCAGGACUACUGCCCCCUGCUGCCCCAUCCACCACGCCCUCUCCUUCCUGACUGCCACCCCAGGACCCCUGCCUCAUCCAACCCCCCUGUUCCCCGCCCUCUGACCGCCCCACCCACUAUCCACACCCCUGCCCCCUGACAACCACCCUGAAAUCCCCUGCCCUCUAUCCAACCCCCCCUUCCCCCUUACCACACUGCCUGGAGCACCGGUGGCUGGCGGCGCUACAGCCACACCGCCCAGAGCACCAGGUCAGGCCGCGGCUCUACAACUGCGCUGCCCAGAGCCAGGGCUGGGGGCUAGCCUCCAGAGCCAGAAGCUCAGGGGCCAGGCAGGAGGGUCCCGCUGGCCGGAUAUGGCCCGCAGGCUGUAGUGUGCCCACCUCUGGCUUGAAAUGUAUAAUCAUGGAUCUUUCAGUCCUGGCCCCCAGUCUGUGAUGCCUGUGCAGCAAUGCCUUCAUGCAACCAGUCCUCCCUAUAUUCCCCACUCUGCAGAGACACCUACCCCAUCUUGAGGCUUAACUUGUUCACAAUAAAGUAGCAAAAAUCAACACUUAAGUUUAUGUUUUUAGUUAAUGUUCUGCAUGUGCUCUUCUCCCCUCCUGCAGAAUGAUUCCAGUUUUCUCAGUACUGUUCAUGAAGUCUACUUGCAAGUCCUGACCAAGAAUACAGACAUCAAACUAUAAUUGAAGUUAAUUCAGUUCAACUGACAAUAUGUCUGCUUCUGAAACAAUUAUGCCUCCUCUAUAAAGCUGUAAUAUUUUUUUAAAAAGAAUAUUUAGUUUUCAGUGUCUUGAAUUUUGAACCUGUUGGGAAAGACUAUUCCUUAAAAAUGCUUCUAAAAAUUAAUCUUCUCAGAAGUGAUCCAGGUUUCACUGUGAUCAUCACCAGCAAACCUUUGUUUCUAAGGAAAAGUUUAGUUGCAUAUGAGCUAUCAUUAGCAUUAAGUGAAUGUGCAAAUGUUUUCUGACUUUUUUUUCCUAGCUAUCUUCAGUACUGAAGAGUUAAGGGGAAUAUAGUGCUGUUUUUAACCUAUCAGGUCUACAGUACACUACACAGAUCAGAACAAAACUCAGUUGUAAAACCCACUUCUGGUUCUGAGGGCUUUGUAGAGGCUGGGGAGGCUCAUUUAUCAUAAUAAACUGGUUGAUGGAAGAUGUGCACGUAGUAAAAGAUACUGCAGUCAGGCAUGGAGCUGGGUGCCCUUAGAGCUAGAUGUUUGAGGUAGGGGUUAAAAAUACUUUUGCCCAUUCCUGAGCAACAAACAGCCUUUAUUCAAUGUACAUCCUUAUUUUGUAACUGUUCCGUUAGUUUUUGGCUUUGCAUCUUUGGCAACAAAUGCGUGUCCAUUGAAAUAUGCUUGGUUUCUCUAAAAAGAUUGAAUCCAAAGUAUGCACAAUCCUAGGCUAGGGCAAUCAGAUGCUCUUUAAGUAACAGCCUGAUUUCUGUAAAUUUUUAAAAUCGGAUCUGUGGAAGAACAUCACUCUAAGACUAUUAUUUUCCUAUUCCAUGGGACUAUAUAUAUUAUAUUUGAAAUACAUUGUUUCUGUUAAGCUAAGGAUGAAUCAAUGCCAGAAUUGAGUUUCAUUAUUCACUUGUGUUGGCACUGUAGUGUUGAAAACUACACAGAUGCAGAAAAAUUGCAAACUGACCCCUUGCCUCCAAAAUUUUUUUUCACGUUGUGUGGUACUGCAUUGUGUUUAGUUGAAAAGCGAACGCUUCUUACAUAUGGUUUGCCAUUUCAGCAUUUACCAAUGUAAGAAUCCAACGACUUCAUGUCUCCCCAUUUGAAGUCAGAAAAGAAUCUUUAAUGAUAUUUUACUAUGCUGCUAUUGGUCUAUCUGUGACUUAUAUUUAUUUCUAUAUGGCAUGAAAAGGUAGUUAGUAACACUUUAAAGUAGAUCUCAAUUGAUUCCAGCAAUACUAAUUUUAAGGGAUGUUUUUUGAGUAGAGAGAUCUUGGCAUAUUUGGUAAUGGAUAAUUUGUAGUAAAUUUAACCAGUUAGGAUGCUUUGCUUAUUUUUUCCAAGCACUAUUGCAAUGAAGAAGAAACGAGUUUUGUUUAGCUCUACAAAAUAGAAUAUCCUAGGGAUUAGUUAUAAUAAUGUUGACAUAAUCAAGAGUUCAGGGUCACUUCAUUGGAAAUGAUCAAAUAAGCUUUAAUUGUGACUCCAUUAUAAAGCAGUGGGUUUCUUAUAGUUAUAACAAAACGUUUGUUUGCAUUUUUCAUGUCUAAUAAUUGUUUGUUUGAACUUUGUUUUUGAAUAGAAAAGAUCUUUGUUUAGCAAAAUUUGCCUUCUGAAGAGUUUUUCAGCCUUUGAACUCAGUGUUUUUAAUUAAAAAUAUUUAGUAUUUUUAUGUUGGUCUGCAGAAUUCAGGGAAACAGACUAGUGAUCAUGUGUAUUUACCAAGAAAUAUAUUAGCGUUAAUGGUAGCAUUUGAAUUCAGCAACAAAGACUUUCUGGACUUUGUAAGGAAGAAGGCGACCUUCCUAGUCACAUACUAGAAUUAUAAUAGCAUGUGCAUGCACAAAGCAAUGUGAAUCUGAUUUCGUUUAUCUAAACCCAUACACCUGAUCCAAAUCAAACUUGUGAGGGUCUUUUUGGAGGAGAAGGAACAGGAAAAAAUGCCAAAAUAGAGAGAAGUGCUCUUGGAUAUAGUCCUAGUGGACAAUAACCAAGACCCUCAAGCAGGUGUCUUUCUCUGGCUUCGGCAAAGACUGAAGCAGUAAUUUUCUUGACUUUUAUGAGCAUUUCUACUAGCUUGAAAAGGAGGAUGGAUGGAAGGAGGAGUUCCCAAGUAUAGAAAUGAGAAAAGGAGCUACUGAGAUGAUACCAAUUAAAACAUUUCUGUUAACUUUCGGUUGAAUACAGUCUCAUGUUUAAAAUGUCAUAUCCAAAGAUUUAUAUAAAUGAUGGGACACUAAGGAUUUCCCUCAUAUGGAUUGUACUUUCAUUUUAAGUCUAUAAGUCAUGAACAGUUGAUGAUGAUGAUAAAGGGAAUGUUAUUUUAAGUAGCAACAACAUUACAAGGGUUUGAUUAUGAUUUAAACCCCAACAUUUUACAUUUUUGUUUAACAUGCUUGUGUUAUAACUGUCCAGGAACCUCAACACGAUGUUGGUAGAUCCAGGUUCUCUUAAUUUUUAUAUUCUACUAAUCUGAAAAAGUGUAGUCUUCCCAGCUUGCAGAAUGAAAUUAAAUCACCGUGACUAAGCAAGCUUUCUAAUGAGUACAACUGAUUUCUGUUCACAUUGAAUUCUUACUCGCAUUUACUCCACCUGCUGUAUAUAUAAACAGAUGCACACUGGGAGAACUGGAGUAUCCUGCAUAUGCAGAGUGCCAUGAUAGUGCUUUUUGUAAUAUGACAAAAUUUAACAGAUAAACAUCUUUAAUGAAGAAUUGCAUUGUAAAACAAGCUCUGCUGCAACAUAAAACUGGAGAUGUUUUAUAAUGUGGAAGUUGUUUGACAGCUUUAUUAUGGUUAUUUUGAACUUUUGUAUUCUAAAAUGGUCAAGUUCGUUUCAUUGCUUGAUUCAUGUUAGCUGCAUGUACUGAUAGUUAAUGCAUAGCUAGUUACCAUGGGUCAUCACAGCAACUUAACAUGAUCAUUUAAAGUGGCUUUUUGUUUUGGUAAAACUACUACUUAAUGUGAUUGUACCCAUUAGUUCUGAGAGUGGGAAAACAAUUAGUUUAGACUGUAUUCCCAAAAUUAAUUAUCUAAGCACGUGUUUUCUGUGGUCAAUGUUAAGUCACUUUAAAAAUUAUAACCUUCUAAUCAAAGAUGGUUUUAAGAUUUACAGCUUUAUUAUUAUUAUUAUUAUUAUUCACAAAAUUAAAAUUGUUUCUCAGUUUUGUAGCUGUUAAUAUUGCGAAGUUGUAUGAAAGGUGCUGAACAGCUAUUAAUUUGGAAGCCGUAUAUGUUAUAAAAGUAGAAAAUAUUUGCAAAAGAAUUGAGGCAAGGUGUGAAACUGCAAGAGUGAUUAUUAAUUUUAGUUUAAUAUAACAAAUGUUUGACUUGCCAGGUAUUGAUAUAUUCAACAUAUUUGAACAUUUGCUGCUGGACAUGUUUCAUUUUGCCUACAUUUUGUUUUGCAUCGUUUUUGGUACAUUCCUUGAACCUAUAAUGCCCCAUCUAAUCAAGUAUGCAAUUACUGGGGAAACUUUCAAAAGAGAGUGAUUACUUUGGAAAGUUAUCUUUAAAAGUAUGUGAGAAAUCAGACACUUUUUUUUCAACUAUUUGAAUUGCUUCUUGCUUACAGCAUAUCUUUACAGGAGGAAUGUGUGCAAUAUAUUUCACCUCAGUUUAGCCUGAUAUUGUUGUGAAAAUGUUAAGAUGCAAUAUCUUCCUUCCACUUUAAAUUGGAAAAAAUUGCAAUAUCUUUCCCUGAUGGUCUAUUUAUUUUUAUCUAUUCUGUGUAUGGGCACAUUGGUGGGGGGGGGUUUAAAAUGUAAAGUGUACAUUUUUAACUGUCAUUUUUUUUACCACUUUUUUUGGCUGCACCAGUUAUUUACUUGCAUGUUCUUACAGUAUGAAGAUGCUCAAGACAUUGGGAUUUUUAGUAAUGAUUUUUGGAAACAUAGUAUGCAAACAGGUUUUUUUAAAGUCAGUAAACAUAAAUACUGCAUCACUAACAUUAUGGUAUGGACUUCUUUAUACCAUCUAUGUAUGUUUGCAAAUAUUAAGUUAUUGCAUAAAUGUUUAAGAAUUAGCAUUUUUCAUCCAAAAUUUUGUAUGUUUGCAAAUAUAUUUUUGUAAUAAAAUUUCAAAAACAAAUAUUUCAGCA